UGGUUUUGUUGCGAUUUAUUUUUUAUUAUACAUUAUUUUUUAUCAAAUUUUAUUUUUAUAUUUUCUCUGCAGGUCGUGGAAUACAGAUAGUACAAGCCAGCGGAGAUUAUAUAUAUAAAUUUUACCUAUGUUGUAAAUUAAAUAUUUUAUGUUUCUUUUAUUUACGUUUCAUCAUUUCCUGUAAUAGAUUUAAGAAAUAUUUGUUAGCAGUUCACCCUACGUCUUUGCAACCCUGUGCUUGACGUUUUACUCUCGCCGUUGUUUGCUGUAGCCGUUAGUUCGUUGCUAUAAGUCUAUAAAUUGGCUCAUCUCUAAAAACGGGAAACAUUCUACAAUUUUCUUAAGCGGCGCAAGCAUAGGGAGCGCAAACUGAGAAAUAAACGUUUGUAAUAAAUUCAUAUCAUUCGAUUGAAAUAAAUAGUUUAAAUUUCUAGCUUCCUUUCAAAUACUGCGUGGCGACAUCUUUAUUUCUCAGGUUUAAUAUCGGGAAUCGACACGAUUCCACUUGGCCGCCGCUAUUAAGUCACAAGAAAGAAUUUCCGAAGCCGCCCUUUUCAUAUCAGUAAUCGAAGAAAUUCCACUUAGCUGCCCACAUUAGGAUUGAACUUUGCAAUCCUUUAGAAGCCGCCAUCGUUAAAAUUGCAAAACGCCAAUAAUUCGCGACCAAUUAAAAUGCAGCGUUCGCCAGUACGCCGUAGUCCACGUCUUCAAUCGGAGGACCUUCACAAACACAGGAGCCAUCGCCAAAGUUACUGAAGCAUGCAACAAAACCACUGAAAUACCAGCCAGUGCUAUCAUGAUGAUCCCCACAGUCUCGGCAGUAGUAGCAGAGGCAUCAAUCGCCAAUGCAUCCCAAAGCCUCACUGCCGCCGCAGUCACUACAACGGUACCAUUCCGCACUCCAGCUGCACCAGAUGACAUCAGAAGCGUAGUGCACUGUACAUAUACUAGCGCUCAGGCCAAGGCUCGGCCCUUGCAACAUCGCCACGCCAACAGCAACCAACACAGCUAUACCAAUUCUUGCAAGUGCGCCGACAACUAUUAACGCCACCAAGGAGAGCAUGCUUUUUCUGAUGCAAAGACAAAUCGCUAACCUAGAACUGCAGCUGAAACAUGUACAAGCCAGGAUAGCAGAGAGUGAACACCAACACCAAAGACUGGAGCCCUCCGCCAUAACAUCAUCUGCCUCGUCGUAUUCCAGACAAUUAGAUGCAAAGGAUUUCGCUGUAGCGAAUAACGCUUCUUCCACCUUUUCGCAUAACGGUCACUCAAGUCACGUAGUCACACGACAUAACAGGACAUCAGGCAUGCAAAGUUACAUCGGAACGAUAGCUAAUUCGUUAAAUUGACUACAAUAUACCGUCCCGCCAAUAAAAAAGCAAAGCCAUAUGCAUAUGGCGAGCGCAAAUCCGUUAUCAAGCGUAAUUAGUCCUACAAUCACACCGCACUCUGCAUAUAGCCAAACGAUAAGUAACACCCCUCAGAGCGUCCUUCAACCUCCGCGAAAGCUCAUGGACCUGCCAGAAUUUUCUGGGCAACCCGAAGAUUGGCCAGUGUUUUACGCUGCAUACACUGAGUCAACAAUAGCAUACAACUAUUCCAACUUCGAAAACAACCAACGCCUGAACAACUGCCUAAAGGGUAGUGCGAGGGAGAGCGUCAAGUCCCUCUUGAUCCAUCCUAAUAAUGUUGGAGCUAUAGUCGAGCAGUUACGUGUCCGCUUUGGACGUCCAGAAUAACUUGUAAGGAACCAGCUGAAAGCCGUACGAGACAUGCCAUUUGUUUCCGAAGCAGCUAUUGGAAAGAUAGUGCCAUAUGCUACUGCCACAAAAACUCUUACCGUGUUCCUACAGUCCAUCGGGGAAGAAAAGCACCUGGUCAAUCCAACAUUAUUGGAGGAACUAGUGAAUAAAUUACCGCUUAGUAAACGCCUUGAGUGGGCAAGGCAGUCUGCCACGAUUCAGCCGUAUCCUACUAUCAUUAACUUCAGUGAUUGGUUAUCGGAGAUCGCCAGUUUUGUCCAAAUAGUGCAAGAUAGUGAAUUCCGUGAACCCAGAUGUCGUGCAGUGUUGCACACUAAUGGAGAACGCUUGAUAAAAUGCAUCAUGUGCCAUGGUUUACACAAGGUGUCCGAAUGCAAGAAAUUCUCAGAUGCCACCGUCGCCGAAAGAUGGAAGCAAUCCAAACGUCUUCGACUAUGCUUCAGUUGCUUGAACGCAGGUCAUGCCACGCGUGAUUGCCAUCACCGUAAGCAAUGUAUGGUUCAUGGUUGCCAACGGCACCACCACCGCCUAUUACACGAAGGAAACACCAGUCCAUUAGAACCCGUUGGUCCAGAUUCAUCGGGUCAGCACUGCAGUCCUCAGUUGUUCAGCACAAGCUUCCCGUCGUUUAUGGAUUCGGGUGGUUCCAGUGACUCUUUAUGGACCGAGCAAGCAUGUGAACUCAUAUGCACUAUUAGACGAAGGAUCGUCAUUAACGAUGAUGGAUAAAUCGCUCCUAGAGGAAUUGGGAUUGCAUGGUCAAACGCGUGAUGUUGAUAUUCAGUGGUUUGGCGGAAAUGCUGUGAAAGAGCAAGUAGCAGUAUUCAACCUGUAAGAAGCGCCACUUUCUUCGCAACGUCCACGAGGUCGACAAACUUGACUUACCAAUGCAGAGCCUCAACGAAAGUGACAUCCGCAACGCCACCAGAUAUCGACACAAAAUACCAGUGCAGCCUUACGAGAACGUAGUGCCAAAAAUAUUGAUCGGCUUAGAUCAUUGCCAUCUAGGCUUGCCCAGUAAAACUAUGCCGUCACCUUUACUGAUUUAGGUUGCGUCGUGUUCGGUCCAUGCGGUAUUUCUCCGCAUCAGUCCAACGUGCCUCCAUAUCAGCAAUGCUUUCGAUCACCAGAUCCAUAACAUGGUAGCCGAGUAUUUUAGCAUUAAGUCAUUCGGGUUGAAAGCAGCUCCGCCUGUCGAGAGCGCGGCCGAUCAACACGCGAAGAGAAUACUUGAAGAAACUACUAUGAAAGUUGAUGGACGAUUUCAGACCGGGUUGUUGUGGAGAUGUGACAACAUCAAACUGCCCGAAAGCUACAACAUGGCUCUCCAACGCUUAGUCGGUAUCGAACGCAAAAUUGAGCGAAAUAGGAACUUCGGUACAGAGUACCGCAACAUCGUUAAAAUUUACAUUAACAAAAAAUACGCCCGCAAGCUAGAACCGCGUGAAGUCGUAAAAUUUAAUGAAAGGACCUUCCGCAUUUCGCCGUGGCUAACCCACGUAAGUCCGGAAAGUUACGACUUGUCUUCGACGCAGCGGCUACCACUGAUGGAGUAUCUUUGAACUCACAACUGCUUAAAGGACCGCAGCAAUAUCGACCAUUAGUAUCGGUCCUAUUUCAUUUCAGAGGGGGCGCAUUUGCGGUUUGCGCGGACAUCCAGGAAAUGUACCAUCAAGUCCUAAUCCAUCCAGAAGACAGAUGUGCUCAGAGAUUUUUGUGGCGUGUUGGUGACCGCGGGAAGGCGCCGGAAGUCUUCGAAAUGACUGCGAUGACGUUUGGCGCAGCAUGUUCGCCAUAUGCAGUUCACUACGUGAAAGUUAAAAACGCCUUAGAACAUCGCACCCAUGAUCCGCGAGCCAUCAAAGCCAUCACCGAAUACCACUACGUGGACGAUUACGUGGACAGUUUCAAUGCUGAAACACAAGCUGUACAGAUAGCCCAACAAGUCCGAGACAUACACAAGGAUGCUGGGUUCAACCUGCGAAAGUUUACGUCGAACUCUACAAAAGUCGCCGAAGCACUAGGUGGUGUGAAGAAAGCAUUACCAAUCUUAUCUAAAGAAGGUGCAGAAUCUGAGAAGGUCUUGGGAAUGUUAUGGCAACCGCCGGAUGAUAAUUUCGCAUACCGGUUGGAAUUUUAUAGAGUCGAUUCGUCAGUGAUCGAAGGCAAGCGCAUUCCCACCAAAAGAGAAUUAUUGAGCAUAGUAAUGUCAAUAUUCGACCCGUUGGGAUUCCUCAGCCACUUUACUAUCUCCGCAAAGUUGGUGUUACGCGAGCUCUGGAAGCGAAGUAUUGGUUGGGACGAACCAGUUCUCAACGAAGUCAAUGCUAUGUGGAGCGUCUUUCGUAAGCAAUUGCUGACAGUUGUUGAGUGCAGAGUCCCGCGCCACUAUUUUCAAAUGGGUCCAUCUAGGAAACUACAGCUGCACGUAUUUGUAGACUCCAGCGAGAACGCAUUCAGCGCAGCAGCUUACUGGAGAUCGGAGAAUAUGAAUCACAUCAUCGAGGUGUCGCUUGUCUAUGCCAAGACUAGGAGCGCACCCAUUAAGCCGCUCACUAUUCCCCGACUCGAGCUACAAGCAGCUGUGUUAGGAACUCGCAUGAUGAAUACAAUAAUAAGUGAACAUAGCGUUCGAGCCAACCGAUGUGUUAUGUGGAGUGAUUCAAGAACGGUUCUUAAGUGGUUAUCUAGCAAACACCGCCGCUAUAAACCGUUCGUGGCACACAGGAUAGCGGAAAUUCUCGAUGUCAGUAAGCCGUCCGAUUGGAGAUGGGUUCCGACGAACCAAAACGUGGCUGACGAGGCAACGCGACCCAACAAGACAAUAAAUCUCAGUCCUUCGUCCCGCUGGUUCACUGGACCUGAGUUUCUAUACAAUAACGAGCAAAUCUGGCCAAAGGACGCUGACGUCGCUGAUGUAGCUGAAGAUGACGAGGAAGAGAUUCGCACAAAAUUUGCCUUUAUUGUCGUGAGUAGUAAUGUUCUAAACUUUAAUAGAUUUUCUUCGUUUACCAGAUUAAGAAGAGUAGUUACCUGGGUGAUACGGUUUUUCUACUAUUGCCGGAGAAGAAUCGGUUCAUCGCAGACCAAUGGGUUGAAAGCAGCGGAGCUUGCAGAAGCGGAUCAUUUACUAUGUCGCCUAGUGCAACGAGAAUCCUACGCCAGUGAGCUGAAGCAGAUCGAGAGCGGAAAUUCUCUGCCCUCCGAUAACCGUUUGUGCACAUUGUCUCCUUUCAUUGAUGACAGAGGAAUUCUCCGAGUAUACAGUCGCCUUGACGCCGUCAGUUGGUUGUCGUUGCGCAUGCGCACAUCAUGAUGAUUCACCAAAAUAUCGAAGCAACAAUUUGUGAAGUUCGAAAAAAGUACUGGGUUCCUAACUUAAGAAGAGUUCUGCGUGGAAUUAUCGCGAAACCUGCUCCGCCAAUGAUGGGUUUAUUGCCUGAAGACCGGAUCACACCCUACGUUCGACCCUUCACGUUUACGGGCUUGGACUAUUUUGGCCCUGUUAGUAUAACGAUCGGACGUCGAACCGAGAAGCGGUGGGUGGCGCUGUUCACGUGCCUGUCAAUACGCGCUAUUCACCUCGAAGUCGCAUAUGACCUUUCAACAGAUGCUUGCAUUUUAGCUAUGCGUAAUUUUAUGAAUCGCAGGGAUGUCCCAAAAAGAAUUCGUACGGACAAUGGCAAGAACUUCGUGGGAGUAGCAGGCGAAGUUGCGCGCUUUGUAGAUGUGUUUGACUGCCAGUCGCUGCAAGCGGAAUUGUCCACUAAAGGGGUAGAAUGGGUCUUUAAUUGCCCGGAAAACCCAUCAGAAGGCGGAGUCUGGGAGCGAAUGGUGCAAUGCGUCAAGAAGGUCUUGCGGCCUACAUUGAAAGAUCUUGCACCGAAGGAGCAUACAUUCCAAAGCUUGCUCAUCGAAGCACAAAACGUGGUGAACUCGCGUCCGCUAACGCACUUACCUAUCACACCAGAGCAAGAAGAACCGCUGACGCCAAAUCAUUUCUUGCUUGGUUGUGCUAACACGAGUUGCGUGGAACCACCCGAAUAGCUAGACAACUUCGAGAUCGGUUUUGGAAAAGAUGAGUUGACGAAUAUUUACCUACACUAACGCGACGUACGAAGUGGUGCAUGCCAACGGAGAUUGGCGCUUUGGUGUUUAUCUGUGAUCCUAAACUACCAAGACGAGAAUGGCGGCGUGGUCGAGUGUUGCGAGUAUUUCCAGGCAAGGACGGCGAGAUUCGUCGAGCAGAGGUGACUACGGCAACUGGUCUAGCUUAUCGACCAGUAUCCAAGUUGGCGGUCCUAGAUCUGGUUGAUGGUGAAUCUGUUUCGAUUCACGGGGGUGGGGGUGUUGUAAAUUAAAUGUUUUAUGUUUCUUUUAUUUACGUUUCAUCAUUUCCUGUAAUAGAUUUAAGAAAUAUUUGUUAGCUGUUAACCCUACGUCUUUGCAACCCUAUGCUUGACGUUUUACUCUCGCCGUUGUUUGCUGGAGCCGUUAGUUCGUUGCUAUAAGUCUAUAAAUUAGCUCAUCUCUAAAAACGGGAAACAUUCUACAAUUUUCUUAAGCGGCGCAAGCAUAUGGAGCACAAACUGAGAAAUAAACCUUCCUUUCAAAUACUGCGUCG